AUGUUACAUUCCCAACCCGUCAAUGCGAUCUGGCAACGCGGCCCCAAGGGCAAGCGCCGCGGCGCAGCAACAGAGGCGGCGGCUGCAGCAUCGCAGCAGCGCGUGUACGUGCCAGAGGCAGCCUCCACAGCGGUCACGCUGGGCGGGGAUGCAGCGACUGCUCGCAGCGAGGCUCGCUCGGAGGCGCUGCGGCGCAUGCGCGUGCGCACGAUCCGCGCCUACGACGAGCUGCUGGCCCGCGCCCUGGAGUGGCAGGCCCAGGGGCGCCACUACAUCCUCGAUGCACCAAGCCACCUGCCCGUUGCAGUGCAGCGCGGGUGGUCACCGCAGGGCGGAGGCGGUCUGAGCGACGAGGACCACCUGCGACUGGCCACCAUCAGCGCAGAGGUGCAGCGCGCACUGGGCGUGGCGCUGCCUGAGCGUGCGCUGCGCGGCGAGCGCGGCGCGCUGCUGGCGGCGCAAUCUGCGCGCCACGUCGCUGUGCGCCUGUCCGAGUGGGUUGGCGUGUGUGGCGCAGACUACGUGCGGCAGCUGGUUGGCGUGGAGCCGUGCGUGCUGGCCGCUCCGCCCCAGGCGCUGCUGUCGACGCUCGAGGCGCUCAACCGCCACGCUGAGCUGGAGCCCCAGGACGCCGUGACCUACCUGCUGCGCCACCCCGCCCUGGUGGGGCUGAGCCCCAGUGAGCUGGAGGAGCGGCUGGAGGGCGUGGCAGCAGCAGUGGGGCUGGCGCCGGAUGAGGCGCGCAAGAUGGUGCUGGAGCGGCCAGAGCUUCUCAUGCUGACGCCGCAGCGCCUGGAGGAGACGAUGGAGAUGGUGGAGCAGCUGCUGCCGGGCGUUGACGACAGGCUGCCCUCCAUGGUGGCGCGCCGCCCGCAGCUGGUGCUCCGCUCGCCGCGCACACUGGCCCGCGACAUCCGCCAGCUGGCAGCCACCCUGGGCCUCACCAACUGGGCUGCUGGCCGCCUCGUGGCUGGCGGCUCCGGCAUUCUGGAGCUGAGCCUCACCACACUCGCGGCCAGGCUGCAGCGGCUCAAGGACCUGUGCUCAGCCCACCCUUCAUGGCGGCAACAGCUCACAGCAAUGUCGCCGGGCGGGCUCGGACGGUGCCUGCGCUGCAACGACGCCGCUUUUGAGCGGCUGUCCCUGCUGGCCGCGGCCGGCCUGGCGGGAUCGCGCCGCGUGCCCAAGGUGAAGCGCAUCCUCACGCUUCCUGCCGGCCGCUUCGACGCCCUCUUCCAGCAGCUGGGCCUAGCGAGGGGGGUGCGCUCUGGGGCCGCGGCCACGGGCGCAAGCGCCGCGAGCAGCGACAGUGCACCCGGCGCCCGGGCUGCCAGCGAUGAGUCCGACUCGGAUGACGAGGAGGACUCUGGAAUGCUGUGGCCGCCGGCAGAGGACGCGCGCAACGGCCCCACGGCCCUCAACAUCAGCGGCGGCAGCAGCCUGGUGGUUGCAGGCAUCGUAGCUGAGGAGCCUGCCAGCAUGGAGCUUACAGAGGACGCUAGAUCGCCUGUUCUGUCGGCUGUGUAG